AUGGUCUCGGGGUGGUGCCCGUGCGUGCCGAUCGGCCGCCGGGAAUCACCGGCCCAGCAGCAGUCGGCCUCCUCUUCGAGGAGUUUUGGAGCCGACGGUGCACCCUUCACCGUCAGCGCGGCGACCGAUCGCGCAGAGAUGGUUCAGAUGUUUUAUUACGAAAAUCGCGGCAAAUGCUGCAAGAAGCUCCUCCGAUACAACGGAUAUCCAAACAAGGUGCUUCUAUUUCCGGAGGAAGGCUGGGCGAGAAGCGCGAGCAGUUCCUACUGGACUUUGACACCGUUCUGGUGGAGUCGAAGUCGAUGCAAAGUGGUGGAAGUUGCUGGAACCCGGAGGUACAGCACACAGGCAAAAAUGGUAGACACCGGAACGGGCACGCUUUACAUCAUCGGUUCUUUCAAGAGAAUGACCACCGAUCCCGAUUUCAAGUUGUACCUGACGUCGAACGUGUCGUCGAGCGACUUCAACAUGGGCUACAGUAUGACUGGCACGUUGGAGCGUGGCUGCAAGAAGACCAACUCCUUUCAGAUGACUCACUUUGCGGUAAUUCGUCGUCGAGACUACGAGAAGGCCUACGAAGACUCGAAUCCCACCUAGUGCCCGUCCACACCCACGCUCUCCGAGUGUGGGGAUUGCGAACA